GAUAUUAGCGAACAGACAAUCUGCACAAAGAUCAAGGGUUAGGAAGCUACAAUACAUCUCCGAGCUCGAGCGAAGCGUCACAACCUUGCAGACUGAAGUAUCGGCGCUGUCCCCUCGCGUGGCAUUCUUCGAUCACCAACGCUCAAUCCUGACCGUCGGAAACAGCCAACUAAAGCAGCGCAUCGCUGCCCUCGCGCAAGACAAGAUUUUUAAGGAUGCACAUCAGGAGGCGCUUAAAAAGGAGAUAGAGAGGCUAAGGCUUGUUUACCAAAGGCAGAAGGCGGCUUCAGCGCCGGAGAAUGGGAGUAACACAGAGCCCCUCACCUGAUUUCUCAAUUGCAAAUUCCACAUUGUUUGGUGUCAAGUGCAAAUAAAAUAUUUGCUUUCCAUUGUGAUUUGUAAUUUAUUUAUUCUUUUUUUUCAAUGAUUUUUUUUAUUUUUAUUUAUUGUGGUGGAGUUGGGAUUUGGAGGUGAUAAUUUAAGGAUGUUUGGAGAGAUUAAUAUUGUAAUUGCAUUAAGGAUGUUAAUGAUCCGAUUUUGAGCCGAGCUAGGGUCGACUUGAACGGAUUGAGUGCGGCUUGAAAACGGCUCAUGACU